AUUUAUCAGUUACCUUUGCAUUGUAAAAUCUAAAUGUCAAGGAAUUUUGAAAUAACAAAAUUUUUAGUUGAGAAAUAUUAAAAAAAAAAAUUGCAAAACUAUUUGGCAAAGCCGAUAUUCACUUUAUUCAGAUACAUCUGGCAGCCUUUCCACUGAAGUGUAACAUACGCCAUUAUAUUUGACAGCAGCUGCGUUUUUGUUGUUUCAAUUCAACGGUCAACUGUGUCAAAAAAUUGUUCGAAAAAUUAGUGAAGAAACAGAAGUUAAAUAUGUCGGCUGCCGCGUUGUCCACUUUGGCAACAUUCGACGAUAUUCGUCGUUGUAUACAGGUAUUGACUGAUGGCACCGCAGAAGAAGAAUUUCUCAGAGUCUUGCGCUUACAAGAACAAUUCCGGCAAGAAUGUCAGGAUACCGCGAAAGAAGCGCAACGUAUACAGAAAGAACUUGACGCUUCACUUGAAUCAAUGGCAGAUUUGGAAACCAAGUUGUACCACGCACGUCGACUUCUCGAAGUAGAAAGCAAAUUACGACGUGAAGCCGAACAUGAGCGCGAUCAAAUGGAGAAGAAAAUAAUUGCAGUAGCUGACCUAGUACAGAAAGAUGCCAAUUUAAAUAACGAGACACGCGAUAAGUUAGCUUUUCUAAACACAUUGCCGCGCAAACGAAAAUCAAUGAAUCGUGUGGUUGAAGAAAAAUACGGCAAUGAUAUCAAUUCAACUGGCUCAUUUCUAUCUGAUUUAUCCAUUACACAGUCUGAAGAUGAUUUUCUAGAUGUGCGUCCAUCUACUGGUUGGCAGAAGCAUCGUCCUUCUUUGCCGAAAAACUCAAUACCUUGCGUGGGCGGUAAACGUUCGCGUGUUAGUGGUGCAGGCAUGCAAACAACACCUGUCGCCAACACACGGCGCUCAACCACACGACGCAGCGGUGUUGGUACACAACAGCAAAAUAUGAUGGAUGUAGCACCUGGUUCUGAACGCAUAUGUGCCACCACAAAGGUGACCAUCCCACAGGAUGGAAAUGGUGCUAUACGCGCGGAAUCUACCAUUGAGUCAAUGCCGGCCAUGCCAAUUGUUGCUACAGUGGCUUUGGAUAAUGAGGGGAGCACAGAAGAAGCAGCGAGCACCACACCAACUGCUUCGCCCUACAAAGGCGCAACUGCACCACCAAUAACCCCCAUGACAGCAAUUAAAUGUGCACCAGCUGUGAAUUUAUGUUCACCACAAGUAUCCAGUCUCCGUACACAAAUGAUGCGUCCACAUAAUUUCGCUUCGCGCACUUUCAUACGCACUGAUACUUGCACACAUUGCCAGAAAAAAAUACGCUUUGGUACUGUAGGAGUUCGUUGUAGAGACUGUCCAGUACGUUGUCACGCCGAUUGUCGAGUUGCGCUGACAGUAAGUUGCGUACCACAAUCGGGUACACCCACAAUCAAAGGAAUGAUGGGAUUCAUCAGUGAUUACGCACCGAGCGUGUCACCGAUGGUACCAGCACUUAUUGUACAUUGCGUUAACGAAAUUGAAUCACGCGGUCUCAAUGAGGUUGGUAUUUAUCGUGUAUCCGGCUCGGAACGUGAAGUGAAAGCGCUCAAGGAACGCUUUUUACGCGGUAAAAACACACCACAUCUGGGCAAUAUCGAUGUACAUGUAUUGUGUGGUUGCGUGAAAGACUUUUUGCGUUCGCUACGUGAACCAAUCAUACCUACCAAUUUGUGGAAAGAUUUCUGCAAUGCAGUGCAACAGCCCUCAGAAGUUGAGAUACAAAAGGACCUCUUCAAAGCGAUUGAUGCCUUGCCGCCAGCAAAUCGCGAUACUUUAGCUUACUUAAUUCUGCAUUUCCAACGUGUUGCUGAAUGUCGCGAAGUGCUAAUGCCGAUUGAUAAUAUUGCGCGUGUAUUUGGCCCAACUAUUGUUGGUUAUUCAUCGGCAGAUCCGGAUCGACACGCCAUCUUCACAGAAGUAUACAUGCAGUUCACCACAAUGAAGAAUUUAUUGAAUAUUCCUGGCGAUUACUGGUCGCAAUAUGUUGCAUUGGAUGCCGAUAAGGAGAAUAAUCAAACCAAUGGCUCGACUAAUACGCUCACACGCACGCCCAGUCACAAUACUAAAGAAUCGCUCUAUUCCUUGUAUGCAACGCCACUCAAAGGUACACUAAAAAAGCGCAAGUUCCAUGCUACACCGCCAUAUCCGUAUAAAAAAUAGUGUCGAAUGUGUGAGAAGUGAUUACAAAGCAAACGUGAAAGCAUCCGUCUUAAACGCGCCCUCAAAAAGAAGUUGCGCACUUUAUUUUCUACUUUAAUACACAUUUUGCUAAAUAGCAUUUAUAAUAUUUUUGUUAGUCUGCCACAAAUGGGCGCAUAUUUACAUUUAUUUAUCAAUUAAACUAAUUUUGGUUAACAUUUUCAAUGUACCUCAUUUGAACUUUAAGUACACAUAUGCGCUAUUUUGAAUUAACAAAUUUUUUUGUUGUUAUAAUUUUGAAUUAUCUAUGAGAAUCUCAAUAAGCAGCGAUGCUUCAUUUUUACAUAUGGUUUCAGAAAAUAAUCGGUUGUGGGCCCUUAACAAAUGUACAUAUAUGUAUUUACUAUGCGCAUACUUAAUAUUAAAUGAAUUAAGAUAUUUUUACAUUGUGCACAUUUUUUACAAUACCGCCUAGAAUAAGGUAUUUCUUUUAUGAACACAAAAAACAAACACGCAUUUUUUUAAUAAAAUUUCCAAUGUUGAAUAUUUCUGAAUUUAA